GGGUUCCUAUGGUGGAGGAAGAGGAGGCAUAAAAAGUGCGGGGCCUGCUUAUAGCGGGGGUGGCUGGCCCUUUAAGAGGUGUUUCUGACGUCAUCUCGCGGCGCCGCGGCAGCACCUGCCGGACCCUGACCAACUUCUCCAGGAUGAGCGGCGAGGCUCCCCCGGGCCUGGAGGGCAGGGUCCGGACAGCGCUGCGGAAGGUCUUCGGCUUCGACUCCUUCAAGACUUCCCUGCAGGAAAGCGCGACCAUGACGGUGGCAAGAGGCAAGAAGGAUGUCUUUGUAUGCAUGCCCACAGGGGCAGGGAAAUCCUUGUGCUACCAGCUUCCUGCAGUUCUGUCAGUGGGCAUCACCAUUGUCAUUUCACCUCUGAUUGCACUGAUUCAGGAUCAAGUGGAUCACUUGCUGGCUCUGAAGAUCAAAGCCUGCACUCUGAACUCCAAGCUUUCUGCCCAGGAAAAGAAGACCAUCCUGGCUGACUUAGCGAGUGAGAAGCCCCAAGUGAAGCUCCUGUACAUCACCCCAGAGAUGGCGGCUGCUUCGUCCUUCCAACCGACGCUGAACUCUCUGGUGUCCCGAAACCUCUUGUCCUACCUGAUAAUUGAUGAAGCGCACUGUGUCUCCCAGUGGGGACACGACUUCCGACCUGACUACCUACGGCUGGGCACCUUGCGCGCUCGCAUACCCAAUACACCCUGUGUUGCCUUGACUGCCACUGCCACCAAGCAGGUCCAGGAGGACAUUGUGGCAGCGCUUAAGCUAAAGCAGCCGCUGUCCACGUUUAAGACUCCUUGCUUCAGGUCUAACUUGUUCUAUGAUGUGCAGUUCAAAGAGCUCUUGACUGAUCCAUACACCAACUUGAAGGAUUUCUGUCUAAAGGCGCUUGAAGUGAAGAACACCACUGGGGUGUACUCCGGCUGUGGCAUCGUGUACUGCAGGAUGAGGGAUGUGUGUGACCAGCUGGCUAUUGAACUGAGCUACCGAGGAGUGAAAGCCAAGGCCUAUCACGCAGGACUCAAGGCAGCGGACAGGACUUCCAUCCAGAACGAAUGGAUGGAGGAGAAGAUCCCUGUGAUUGUUGCAACCAUCAGUUUUGGAAUGGGAGUAGACAAAGCAAACGUGAGAUUUGUUGCCCAUUGGAAUAUUGCUAAGUCAAUGGCUGGGUAUUACCAAGAGUCUGGCAGAGCUGGGAGAGAUGGGAAGCCAUCCUGCUGCCGCCUCUAUUACUCAAGGAAUGACCGGGAUCAAGUCAGCUUCCUGAUUAAGAAGGAGCUCUCUAACAUCCAGGAAAAAAAAGGCACCUUAAGAGAAUCCGACAAAGCUGCAAUGACAGCUUUUGAUGCCAUUGUCAACUUCUGCGAGGAGCUGGGAUGUCGCCAUGCUGCCAUAGCCAAGUACUUUGGGGACGUCACCCCACCCUGUAACAAGUGCUGUGAUUACUGCAAGAACCCCGGGGCAGUGAAGAGACAACUGGAGUCACUGGAGCGCUGCAGCAACACCUGGAGCAAAACCUGCAUCGGGCCCACAGGUUCCUCCUGGGAUAGCUAUGACCCCGAGCUGUACGAAGGCGGGAGGAGAGGCUGCAGAGGUUUUAGCAGGUAUGAUGAAGAAAGCAGUGGGAACUGGGAUGAAGCCAAUGAAGAGAGUCGGAAACGGGAGUGGAACAACUUCUACAAAAAGCAGAUGAGCCUGCGCAAAGGCAAAGAACCAGAAAAGGAAGAUUUUGUUCCUCCAAGUGUGGACUGCCCCUUGAAGGACGCCAGCAGCAGGAGAAUCUCUAAGCUCACAGUAAAGGGACGGGAACACUGCUUGAAGAUGCUGGAAGAAGCUUUGAGCACCAAUCAAAGGGUUCCAGCAGCAGGAGGAAAAGGGUCAGACCCUGGUGCCUGUGCUGUGGAGCUGGAGUACGAAGCUUUCCGAACCAGUAAAAUGGCUAACUCAUACAAGGCAACUGUGCUAAAGAAGGUAGCAGAAAUCAACAAAGCCUCAAAACAAGGAGAGCUGUUCUCAGUCUUUGGGUCCAGAACUGGUGGCAGCAGCUGCUUAGAAACAAAACCUCCAGCAGAAGAGGACUUCCUCCCUGCAUCCCAGGUUUACUCGUUCAAACCCAAGCGUGUGGGAGCAGGAUUUCCAAAGAAAUCCAGCUUGUUCCAGACAGCUUCAGAACUGCUGAGGAUCCAGGAGAGUGAUGCAAAGCCUGUCAAAAAAGUAGAUUGUCCAAAUGGGCAAGACAGCAGCGACUGCAGUGUGGAACUGGACACCAGAAAUGCUGCUCUCCAGAAGAAAGAAAUAGCAACCAAAGCAAUGUGUGGGAGUGCUGGGGUGGAAGUGCUCCUUCCUGAAAAGAAGGGACAGCAACCCAGUCCAGACAAAAAGGCUGCCCUUUCAGAUAGCCCUACUAAGAAGUCCAAACGUAGCAAGAAGCAGCAAAGGCUCGCAGAAGCAGCCAAAAAAGAAUCACAGGAUAUUUCCAAAUUCUUCUCCCUCCCCAAAGGUGGGUCUAAAGCCAAAAGUUGCAGCUCAGCAAAGGAAGAUGGCUGUUCUGCAAGCACGCUACCUCAGGUUUCUUCUCAAAACAUGUGUCGAGAGAAAUCAAUACCUCAGGAAAACAAAGAUGUCUCUGGAGAAGAUGUGUCUGGACAGUCCCAGGCAGAGAAUGAAGAGCUGGGAGAGACAGAAGUAACACUGACUGAGAGGGAGGAGGAUUUUAAGACCCAGCAGGCUGCUGAGUCUGAACUCUUUCAGGAAGAAAUUGAUGUAAAAUCCAGUGUUGCUAAAAAUGUCGCAGACACUGAGCUAACUCUUGUUGGGGAAGGUGAGUGUGGGAAGAGACCAGGAUCAGAUGAGCCUAUAGGGUGCUGCAAAGGUUCUUGUUCUCAGAAGGUACUGGUUGAUUGGAACUGUAAUGCUGCUACAGGAAUCGGUGGGUUUGGUUUUCUUCUGUCCCAUCUCCAGGAUAUGGGAAGUCCUGCAACAAAGCGGCCUCGGACAGCAGCAAAAUCUUCUAUUCUGUCCCAGCCAGAAAGCAAAAGUGUUGGUCCAACAAAGAAGAAGGUGACUUUUGAUCCAAACUUAUCGCAGUUCGAUGAAGGAACCAGCAAGACUGUACAGCCGGUGACCAAAGGCAUGUCCCUCAAGGAAACAGCAGACAUCGUCGUCAAAUAUUUGACCCCAUUCUACAAGGGUGGCAAAUUUGCUUCCAAGGAUCUGUUCAAGGGCUUUGCUCGGCACCUGUCUCACUUACUGACUGAGGAGCAGAACCCUGCCCGCAAGACCGUGAAAGAGGAAGCACAGAGACUCAUCAAGGAGUUUUUCAAAACAAGGGUCAGGUGUGAGAGUGAGACAGACUGGCAGGAGCUGCAGAGCAUAGAGAGCUGAUCCUUGCACCGGGCUGGCUGUCUUCCUUCCUCCAGCAGUGGGACCAGGGGACCUGAAGAAUUCAGCCAUGGAGGGUUUCAUGAAACAGCAGAAGUGGGCUUUCUUUUCCCAUUGCAUCUUUGCUCACUUCUGUCCUUAGCAACAUGCACUUCCAGGAAACCAUUUCUGUGAACUUUUGGAGGGUUACUCCAAUAGCUGAGGCACGGAGGCCCUCUAGUACCUCUGGCCAAGAGGUGUAAGUGUGCAGCUGCUGUGUAGGUUAGGGGCUGCCGCCCCAGGCGUUCUGCAGUGUCUCCAACCUCUGCUCCUUGCAGCAGCCUGGGAAGGGCUCAGACUUUCCCAUUGUGACUCUGCUUUGGGAUGGCAUCUUGCUUCCCAGAUGGCUCCUUCCCUCACUCCCCCAUCUCUUAGUUCUUACUUCGGUGUUACCAAUAGAAGCCUUACGCUACACGUUUCCACGCUUUGCUCAGGGCUGCCAACGACCAACUUGGUGGUUGAGUUCCUGGAUGGAAUGUUUUCCCUUGAAGGGCAGGAGGGGAGUGUUUUGUUUUUACCACGCAGACAAUGCCUACUUUCUGAAGGUGGAAGGACUUGGAUUCUUUUUCUUUUAAUCCAGAUUUUCUUUUAACUUUCUGUAGUUCUGCCUCCCCUUUAACUUAAGCGGUGACACUCUGUCAGUAUUAACUCUAGUGGUGGCACCAAGGUUGCCAACACUUUUCCAGCAUUUGCUUGUAACCCCUAAAGCCAUAUUUGCUCCCUGUGCCUCACCCACAGUCUGCAAUGCAGAGGGCGAUGCUGCUGUGACAGCUAGUUAAGGUACUGCUGUGGCCCUCAGAUUGACGCUGUGGUGCCUCUGCUGCUAUAUUUAUAUAAGGACCUGAACCUUAGGGUGUCAGUGGGCUUGAAAUAACCUCAUUCCUUGGCACAAGUCCUUUCUGUUGGGUUUUUGUUGGUGUUUGCCUUUGUUCCAUGCUUAUAGAGGCUGGUGGCCUCAGGGACUAGGGCUGCUAGAGGAAUCUGCAGCCUCAGAGGCCAUCAAACGGGCUUUUGUAUCGCUGUACUCAAUGGAUGAUUUUUUUAAAAAUGUACUGAAGGGUACGUGCGGAACUGACAAUAAAACUGUUACAGCUGCU